AUGGAGACUGCGCGGGGUGCACCGACGUCGAAGGCACCUGGCUUUAAGCUAUGGGAGCGCGAGCUACUCCAAAGCCCGGAGGUCAAACGGAAGGCCACGGUCGCCCAGCUUUAUUUCUUGGACUACUACUUCCAAAACCUGGGCUACCUCGCCGCGCGCAAGGAGCGCCGCGCCAAGUUCGAUGCCGAUACCGCGGAGCGCGGCGUGAAGGGCGCCGAGUACACGAAAGAGUUCAAAUCGUAUUGCGGGAGAGAGCGCGUGCUGCUUCGCCGACGACGCACAAAACUCAAGCUCGACCAGUUCCACAUCAUUGCACAGAUCGGGCAGGGUGGGUAUGGAGAGGUGUACAUUGCCAGACGGCGAGAGACAUCCGAGGUGUGCGCGCUCAAGAAGAUGCGCAAGAGCACGCUCUUCAAGAUGGACGAGGUUCGCCACGUCCUCGUCGAACGCGAUAUCCUCACCGCCACAAAGACUCCGUGGCUAGUACGACUUCUCUACGCCUUCCAAGAUCCGCAGUUUGUUUACCUCGCCAUGGAAUACGUCCCCGGUGGUGACUUUCGCACACUCCUCAACAACUCCGGUGUACUGAAGGAGGAGCACGCCCGCUUCUACAUUAGCGAGAUGUUCAUGGGAGUGAACGAACUGCACAAGCUCGGUUACCUUCAUCGCGACUUGAAGCCAGAGAACUUCCUUGUCGACGCGACAGGCCAUGUAAAGCUCACUGACUUCGGUUUGGCGACGGGCGCGCUCAACCCGAAGCGCAUUGAGUCUAUGAAAGUCAAGCUCGAUCAAGUGAAGGACAACAAACUCGUCCAGCGCUCAACGAUGGAAAGGCGAUCUAUCUAUCGCUCCAUCCGGCAGGCUGAGCCCCGGUACGCGGACUCCAUCGUCGGCUCGCCGGACUAUAUGGCGCCCGAAGUCCUUCGGGGAAAGCCCUACUCGUAUUCCGUCGAUUACUGGUCCCUCGGCUGCAUCCUCUUCGAGUUCCUCGCGGGCUUCCCGCCCUUCAGCGGCAGCACUCCCGAAGAGACCUGGACCAACCUCAAGAACUGGACCAAGGUCCUCCGCCGCCCCGAGUACGAUAAGCCCGAGGACCUCAUCUUCAACCUCUCCGACAUCGCCUGGGACGCUGUCACGCGCCUCAUAUCGCACGCCUCCGUGCGCUACUCGCAACUCUCGCAGGUCACCGAGCAUCCCUUCUUCGCUGGCGUGUACUGGGAGGACCUGCGCGCGGUCGAGGCGCCAUUCGUGCCCGCGCUGGACUCGGAGAUCGACACGGGCUACUACGACGACUUCACGAACUUGGACGAUAUGGCGAAGUACGCGGAGGUGAAGGAGAAGCAGCGGAAUGUGGAUGCAGUAAAGGAGCGAGAAGAGUCCGCACCGCGCGGUGUCUGGGUCGGCUUCACGUUCGGGAAGAAUGGACCCGGAGCCAACUUUACUGGAGGAAGGGAGGAGGGUACGCUUUCGACGAUCUUCUAA